CCGGACAGCACACGAGGAAAAGUAAAGUUUUAACUGUGAUAAACAGAUUUUACAGGAUGUUUUAUAUAACUCUACACAUUGUGUUGAUAAGCCAACAUUACUGAGAGCUGAACUAAUGUUAGUGUGAUUAAACCAGUCAGACCUGUUGGAGGAAACAUCAGCAGUUUCGCUUUGUGACAAGACGAACAUUAAACCUAAAGAACACAGAAAACGAACUCCAAAAUGAGUGUUUCUGGAAAACAGAAAAAUGAGGGUGUUUUUUCGAUGAAAAGUCACCAUUCAAUGGGAUUUCCUACGAACUUCAGAGACAGUUCUACUGAUGUGAGGACACGAAGCACCACUGAGACUUUAAAAAUCACCUGCAAGCAGCUGGAUGUGAUAUUCAAGGAUCUUGAGCACACGGUCAUCACUCUGUUUAAGAAUGAAUUAAAAAGGUUUAAGAAGCUCCUGAGUCCAGAUUACCCAGCAUGCACUGAGAGGGAGCUGGAGGAAGAGGAGGUUCAUCCCAGUGUCAGUGAAGGAGUGCUGAAGAUCACGCUGCACGUCCUGGAGAACAUGGACCACACAGAUCUGGCUAACACACUGCACAGCAAGUUAGGGCUGCUGUCUCUGCAUCAGGACAAGCUCAAAUCCAAACUUGUGGAGAAAUGUAAAAGAAUUAAUGAAGGAAUCUCACAGCCUGGAAGUUCAGCACUUCUGCAUGAGAUCUACACUGAGCUCUACAUCACAGAGGGUUGGAGUGGAGACGUCAAUAAUGAACAUGAGGUGAGACAGAUUGAGGCAGCGUUCAGGAGACCAGCAACACAGGAGACACCCAUCAAAUGUAAUGAUCUCUUUAAAGACAAGUCCAUCAGAACUGUGCUGACUAAAGGAGUUGCUGGAAUUGGAAAAACAGUCUCUGUGCAGAAGUUCAUCCUGGACUGGGCUGAAGGAGAAGUAAAUCAGGACGUCACCUUCAUGUUCCCACUUCCCUUUAGAGAGCUGAAUCUGAUGAAGCAGCAAAAUCUCAGUCUGAUGAAACUUCUUCAUCACUUUUUCCCAGAAAUAAGAGAACUAGAAUCAAUAGACUGUGACUCCUACAAAGUGGUGUUGAUCUUUGAUGGGCUGGAUGAGUGUCGACUUCCUCUAAAUUUCCAGAAGAAUGACAGAGUGUGUGAUGUGACAGAGUCAGCCUCAGUGGAUGUGCUGCUGACGAACCUCAUCAAGGGGAAUCUGCUUCCCUCUGCUCUCCUCUGGAUAACCACAAGACCAGGAGCAGCCAAUCAGAUCCCUCCUGAGUGUGUAGACCAGGUAACAGAGGUACGAGGCUUCAGUGAUCCUCAGAAAGAGGAGUACUUCAGGAAGAGGAUCAGUGAUCAGAGACUGACCAAUAAAAUCAUCAGACACCUGAAGUCCUCAAGAAGCCUCUACAUCAUGUGCCACAUCCCAGUAUUCUGCUGGAUCUCAGCCACUGUUCUAGAUAGAAUGUUGGGUGGAGCAGAGGGUGGAGAGAUCCCCAAGACUCUUACUCAAAUGUACACACACUUCCUGAUCUUUCAGAUCAAACACAAGGACCAAAAGUACCAUCAGAAAUGUGACCCUGAUCCUCAGCAGACCAGAGAGAGUAUCAUGGCACUGGGAAAACUGGCUUUCCACCAGCUGGAGAAAGGAAACCUGAUCUUCUAUGAGGAAGACCUGAGAGAGUGUGGCAUUGAUGUCAGAGAAGUGUCAGUGUACUCAGGAGUGUGUACCCAGAUCUUCAGAGAGGAGUUUGGGCUUCACCUGGGGAAGGUGUUCAGCUUCGUACAUCUGAGUGUUCAGGAGUUUCUGGCUGCUUUAUACACGUUUCUCUCCUUUGUCUUGAAAAACAGAAAUCUUCUAAGGGAUCAAACCACUGGAAUGUUCCCUCUCUUAAGGAAACAACCUGUGUCUGCAUUCCUGAAGUGUGCCGUGGACAAGGCCUUACACAGUGACAACGGACACCUAGACCUGUUCCUCCGCUUCCUUAUGGGUCUCUCACUGGAGUCCAAUCAGAUUCUCUUACGAGACUUCCUGUCCCAGACAGGAAGUAGCUCUCACAGCAAAGAGGAAACAGUCAAGUACAUCAAGGAGAAGAUAAAAAAGAAUCCCUUUCCAGAGAAAUCCAUCAAUCUGUUUCAGUGUCUGAAUGAACUGAAUGAUCAUUCUCUAGAGCAGGAAGUCCAAACGUACCUGAACAGAGGAGGUAACGGUCGUCUCAGUGACACCAGACUGUCUCCUGCUCAGUGGUCAGCUCUGGUCUUCCUCAUGCUCAACUCAGAACGGGAGCUGGAGGAGUUUGAUUUAAAGAAAUAUGAUCGAUCUGAGGAAUGUCUUCUGAAACUGCUGUUGGUGGUAAAAGCAUCUAAAAAAGCCUUGUUGUUUGGGUGUCAUCUAACAGAGGAAAGCUGUAGAGUUCUGUCCUCGGUCCUCAGCUCAAACUCCUCCAGUCUGACAGAACUGGACCUGAGUAACAAUAACCUGCAGGAUUCAGGAGUGACGCUGCUCUCUGCUGGACUGGAGAGUCCACACUGUACACUGGAGAUACUGAGGCUGUGUGGGUGUCAUCUAACAGAGGAAAGCUGUAGAGUUCUGUCCUCGGUCCUCAGCUCAAACUCCUCCAGUCUGACAGAACUGGACCUGAGUGUCAAUAACCUGCAGGAUUCAGGAGUGACGCUGCUCUCUGCUGGACUGGAGAGUCCACACUGUACACUGGAGAUACUGAGGUUAUAUCAGUGCAAUAUUAAAGGUGAAGGUUGUGCUGCUCUGGCCUCAGCUCUGAGGUCAAACUCCUCAUCACACCUGAGGGAACUGAAUGUGAGCAGAAAUAAUCCAGGAGAAUCAGGAGUGAAGCUGCUCUCUGAUCUACUGAAGGAUCCACUCUGUAAACUGGAGACACUAGAGAUUGAGACAUAACAGCAUGCAGAGGAUCAUAAGGAUAUGAGGCUUCUUACAGCACACACACACACACACAUACUGUAUAUGAGUGUGUGUGUGUGUGUGUGUGUGUGUGUGUGUGUGUGUGUGUGUGUGUGUGUGUGUGUGUGAGUGUGAGUGUGUGUAUGUAUGUGUUUGUG